GAUUUCGCUUUCGGUAAGCUCAUAGGUAGCGAUGCUGAACAUGUUACUGAUAUUCAGUAAUUUAAAAAAUUAAGGGAUACAGGAUUAUUUAAAGUCUAGUAAAAGAUGACCCAUCAUUAUGUUGUUACGGCUCAUAAGCCGACUGCAGUUACAGCCUGCGUAACGGGUAACUUCACAUCACCCUCGGACUUGAAUCUAAUUGUAGCGAAAAACACAAGAUUGGAAAUUUAUUUAGUAACUCCAGAAGGUCUGAGACCUAUCAAAGAGAUCGGAUUAUACGGAAAAGUAGCUGUGAUGAAACUGUUUAGACCACAAUUUUACACAAAAAAUCUCUUGCAGAAUGAAUGGAAAGAUUUAUUAUUUAUUGUAACAUUAAGAUACAAUGCUAUGAUUUUGGAAUGUGUUACUGAUGGUGAAAACAUAGACAUUGUUACAAAGGCUCAUGGAAAUGUUGCUGACAGAAUUGGUAAACCAUCAGAAACUGGAAUAUUGGCUGUAAUCGAUCCAAAAGCUAGAGUAAUUGGUCUCAGACUUUAUGAAGGACUUUUCAAAGUAAUUCCUUUGGAUAAGGAUAACUACGAGUUGAAGGCAACUAAUUUUAGGAUGGAGGAACUUCAAGUAUAUGAUGUAGAGUUCUUACAUGGUUGCGUCAACCCGACAUUAAUAUUAAUUCACCAAGAUGGCAAUGGUCGCCAUGUAAAAACUCGUGAAAUAUCUCUCAGAGAGAAAGAAUUCGUUAAAAUCCCAUGGAGACAAGACAAUGUAGAAACCGAAGCAUCAAUUAUUAUCCCAGUACCUUCACCUCUUGGAGGAGCUAUUAUAAUAGGCCAAGAGAGUAUUUUGUACCAUGAUGGUAUUACUCCUGUUGCGGUUGCACCAGCAGUAAUAAAACAAAGUACAAUAAUAUGUUAUGCUAAAGUUGAUCCAGGAGGUCUCAGAUACCUUCUUGGUGAUAUGGCGGGCCAUUUAUUCAUGUUGUUCAUAGAAACCGAAUCCAGAGGUGACGGUAACGAAGCAGUUAAGGACCUAAAGGUUGAGUUAUUAGGCGAAAUCGCAACUCCUGAAUGUAUAACGUAUCUUGACAAUGGUGUGCUUUUCAUUGGAUCGAGAAUUGGGGAUUCGCAAUUAGUAAAACUAAACACAAAAGCAGACGAGAAUGGUUCUUAUGUAACUGUGAUGGAGUCUUUUACUAAUCUGGCACCGAUUUUGGAUAUGUGUGUUGUAGACUUAGAAAGGCAAGGCCAAGGACAGCUGGUUACUUGUUCUGGAGCGUUUAAAGAAGGAUCUCUUAGGAUUAUAAGGAAUGGUAUUGGAAUUCAAGAACAUGCUUCUAUAGAUUUACCAGGAAUUAAAGGAAUGUGGUCUCUCCAGAUAGGAGGCAGUAAGCAGGAUAAUACUCUCGUUUUGUCUUUCGUCGGCCAAACUCGAAUUCUAAGUCUAAACGGAGAAGAAGUCGAAGAAACGGAGCUGCCAGGAUUUGCUUCUGAUCAACAGACAUUUACUUGCAGCAAUGUGGUUCACGAUCAGUUGGUUCAAAUUACGCCACUAUCAGUUAGAUUGGUGUCGGCACAGAACAAAACAUUAUUGGCGGAAUGGAAACCACCAACGGAGAAGAAUAUUAGCGUGGUAUCCGCGAAUACAUCUCAGGUUAUAGUCUCGACCGGUUCGGCAUUAUAUUAUUUGGAGAUACAUCCGAACGAGUUAGUAUUAAAAGGCAAUACUGUGUUAGAUGUAGAAAUAGCAUGUCUUGAUAUAAGUGCGUUGGGUGAAAAUCAGACGUCAGAUUUUGUCGCUGUGGGCCUAUGGACUGAUAUAUCCGUACGAUUAUUAAGGUUACCAGAUUUAGUUGAAUCAACUAAGGAACUCCUAGGAGGAGAAAUAAUUCCUCGUUCAUUAUUAAUGGCGAGCUUUGAAGGCCAAAAUUACUUACUCUGUGCAUUAGGAGAUGGAUCCAUGUACUACUUUAGCCUGCAUAAAGAUUCGGGAUCGCUAACCGAGAAGAAAAAAGUAACGUUGGGUACUCAGCCCACAGCUUUAAAAACUUUUAAAUCUCUUAGUACAACAAAUGUCUUCGCCUGUUCUGAUAGACCGACUGUAAUAUAUUCUUCUAAUCAUAAAUUAGUAUUUUCCAACGUGAAUAUGAAAGAAGUCAAUCAUAUGUGUUCGCUGAACGCGGAAGCCUAUCCUGACAGUUUGGCGUUAGCGACGGAUACCUCAGUAACGAUAGGAACAAUUGAUGAAAUUCAGAAGUUGCACAUAAGAACAGUACCGCUACAAGAAUCUGCUAGAAGAAUUGCGUACCAAGAACAAACGCAGACUUUUGGUGUUGUGACAGCCCGCAUCGAUAUCCAAGAUUCAACUGGCUUGAAUCCGGCACGACAAAGUGCGUCGACGAUGGCCCAGUCAGUCACAAUUUCCAGCAGUGUGGGAUCUCUAGGAAUCAGUAAAUCUGGUAGCAGUAGUUUAUUGUCGAGUCAGGCACCCGACUAUGGACAAGAAGUCGAAGUACAUAAUUUACUUAUUAUAGACCAAAAUACGUUUGAAAUAUUACACGCCCAUCAACUAAUGCAACAGGAGUAUGCCAUGUCGUUGGUCUCGUGUACUUUAGGAAAUGAUCCGAAUCCAUACUUUAUUGUGGGUACUGCUAAUGUCAAUCCCGAAGAAGCGGAACCAAAACAAGGCCGUCUUCUCGUUUUCCACUGGAACGACAACAAACUCACGCACGUCUCAGAAAAAGAAAUAAAGGGUGCAUGCUACUCUUUAUCAGAAUUCAACGGGAAACUACUAGCUAGCAUUAACAGCACCGUUCGGCUUUUCGAAUGGACAGCGGAGAAAGAAUUAAGACUGGAAUGUUCACAAUUUAACAAUAUCAUUUCACUGUUUUUAAAAACGAAAGGGGACUUCAUAUUGAUCGGAGAUUUGAUGAGGAGCAUGACACUUUUACAAUACAAAACAAUGGAAGGUAGUUUCGAAGAAAUAGCAAGAGAUUACAACCCCAACUGGAUGACCGCUGUCGAAAUACUCGACGAUGAUACAUUUUUGGGUGCCGAAAACAGUUUUAACAUGUUUGUAUGUCAAAAGGAUAGUGCGGCGACGACUGACGAAGAACGGUCCCAAAUGCAAGAAGUGGGACAAUUCCAUGUCGGUGACAUGAUCAAUGUUUUCAGGCACGGUUCUUUGGUUAUGCAGAAUAUUGCCGAAUCAUCGACGCCCACAAGAGGAUGUGUUCUAUUUGGUACUGUGGGAGGAGCAAUAGGUUUGGUAACUCAAAUACCCCAAGAUUUCUACGAAUUCUUGCAAGAACUUCAAGACAAACUUUCCUCGACGAUAAAAUCCGUCGGCAAGAUCGAUCAUUCGUUCUGGAGAGCUUUUCACACGGAUAUAAAGACGGAAAAUAGCGAAGGUUUCAUAGAUGGUGAUUUAAUAGAGAGCUUUUUAGAUUUACAGCAGGAUAAGAUGAAAGAAGUAGCGGAUGGAGUUUCGAUGACUGUGGAGAAUUUGGUAAAAAUGGUUGAAGAUUUAUGUAGGUUACACUAGAUAGAUGAAGAAGAUUCUAUUAUGUUUUCAGAGUGUACUUUUUCUGUAAUAUAAUAUUCAGGUGUUUUUAUAGUCCACCUUACAAUUACGUUUGAAAUAAAGUUUCUU